CUGAAUUUUUUAAAUAAAAUAUAAAAUUCUCAGUCUCGUAGUUUUAUAUAAGAUUCUAAGUGGGUGUAUUCAAACUAGUAUUUAAAAUAUUUUGGAAGAAUUAAAUACUGUAUAAAGAGAAGCAACAAUGUUUUGUAAUAUUUUUGCUCGAUUUCUUACUAUAUUUGUUUAUCCAGCAUGACGAUUUCAGGAUGGGUGUUUAUGAUCUCUGUUGGAUUCAAUGCAGCGAUAAGUGUAAGAGUGAGCAAUGAACUUGGAGCUAGGAAUCCUAAAUCAGCAGCAUUUUCUGUAAUCAUCGUUAACAUAUAUUCGUUCAUCACAUGUGUGAUCUUAGCCAUAGUAAUUUUGGCUUGUCGUGACGUUUUGAGUUAUGCAUUCACUGAGGGUGAAAAAGUAUCAGCUGCGGUUUCUGAACUAUGUCCACUUCUUGCCUUAACACUUAUAUUGAAUGGAAUCCAACCAGUUCUUUCCGGUGUUGCGGUUGGUUGUGGUUGGCAAACGUUUGUGGCAAAAGUCAACGUUGGAUGUUACUAUAUUAUUGGAAUUCCUCUUGGGGCUCUCUUUGGGUUUUACUUCAAAUUCGAUGCCAAGGGUAUAUGGACGGGAAUGAUAUGUGGUACGCUUAUACAAACCGUUAUAUUGGCGUGGGUCACGUUUAGAACGGACUGGACAAAAGAGGUGGAAGAAGCUUCUAAAAGGUUGGACAAAUGGAGCAAUAUAAAACUAGAAGUGGUUCCCGAAUGAUGCAAGUCGAUGUAAAUUUGGUAACCGAUGUGAACCGAUUGGAUUCAUUGGUUUAAUGAAAAUCGAUGCAAAUGCUCAAGAUAAUCGGUGUACUUUUUCUUUUGGGGCAACGGGGGAAAUGUACUAUAGGACUGUAUUUUAUCUUUGAUUAAUUUAUGUGCAUGCUUGCUUUAAAGUUAAAACUAAAUAAUAAGUUGGUAAUGUAUUUUGUAUGCCAAAUUAAGAUGACCAUUGCUUUAUAUCUUUG